GUCAAAUGAAAAAUCAACACAUUGUUGAUGUUUAGAGGUUAUAAUAGAAUUUGUAUUAAACGCUAAAUAAAUAAUCAUGGCAGCAGAUCCUCUGGAUGAAUUACUACAAUUCUUGAAGCCUGAAGCUCGUAUUGACUUAAGACAUAUCGCUUUGGAUCACUUAGUGGGACUUUCAGGGACGGAAGAAGGAAUAACAACUUUGCUCUCCCACGAAAAAAUAAUACAAAGUAUUAUCAAUUUAACUGACGAUAAAAUUGAAGAAGUGGCCAAAAACGCUUUACUGAUACUGGUUAACAUCACAGCUAACCCCAGAGGUGUUAUAGAACUCCUUAAAUACAAAUCAGAUGAAAAUAAAAACAUCGUUAAAUUGUGUAUAGGUUAUGUUUUGAAUCCAGAAAAGAAGGACGCGGAUGCGGCCGCGAUGAUACUUUCGAACAUAACUAGAGUCGAAACGGAGCUAGAUAAUGUUCUAGAUGCAUUUCUACCGCAUUUAAACGACAUUUUAAACGCUUAUGUGAACAUAAACUUCAACAAAAAAGGUUCAAAUCUAAACUUUAUUGGACCAAUGAUUUCUAAUCUGUCUUGCUGUCAUAGCAUAAGAAAAUGGCUAACAGAGGAGAAACCACACAUUCCAUUAAUAAAACUAUUACCAUUCUGUAGUUAUGAGCUGUCAAACGUCCGAAGAGGUGGUGCAAUGGGUACAAUAAGAAAUCUAUCAUUUGACCCAGAGUUUCAUGACUUUUUACUAAGCAACGAUUUGGAACUACUUACAUAUCUGUUAAACCCGAUAAUGGGGGGUGAAGAAUACAUUGACGAAGAGAUGGACACAUUACCAAUAUCGUUACAAUAUUUACCGAAAGAAAAGCAACGAGACAGUGACAUUGACAUUCGUAAAAUUAUUUUGGAGACGUUAAACAAACUGUGUAUGCGAAAAAAAGGCAGAGAGUUCUUGAGAGACAACGGAGUGUACUAUGUACUACGGGAGUAUCAUAAAUGGGAGACGGACCCCAAAGUGAGACUCGCUUGUGAGAACGUAGUUGAUAUUUUAAUUCAAAAAGAGGAAGAGGUCGGCGCUGAGGACCUUUCUGCUGUUGAAGUGCCUGAUGAAAUGAAGGAAAAGUUUGAAAAGAUGGACGAGGAAUAUAUACAAGAUAAAUAAAUGUUAUUUAUAUUUUA